AUGGGCGUCUCCUCACCCGCCGCGCUGAGCCCUCGGCCCAACCCGCCAGGUGCGCAUCCCGCCAUCCCCGACCGAGCCAAAGCCCUCUCGAACCUUUCGCGCGUCACGAAACCUCCAGCAAUGGCCGCCAUUACGAGCAACCCCAUCGAUGGCGGAGAGGAAGACAUGGCUGAGCAGAUGAACGCCGCUGUGCGCUCACAGUUCGUGUCUGGGGCACGUCUCGGUGAGGGAACAUACGCCAUCGUCUACGCUGGGCACUACCGAACGGACCCUACCAGGCUCGUAGCUAUCAAGAAGAUCAAGCUCAACGCCGACUUCAAAGAUGGCAUCGCCAUGGACGCCAUCCGCGAAAUCAAAUACCUUUCUGAGCUGUCGCACCCCAACAUCAUCAAGCUGCACGCUGUCUUCAGUACAAAGGACCAGAAUCUCUCCCUCGUGCUCGAGCACCUGCCCCUUGGUGACCUCGAAGGGCUGUGGAAGAACAAGAGCAUCACGUACAGCAGCGCCGACAUCAAAGCAUGGUCCAACAUGCUCUGCCAGGCCAUCUGGUUCUGCCACGCCAACAAUGUCCUCCACCGCGAUAUCAAGGGCAACAAUCUGCUCAUCGCCGCCGACAACACCGUCAAGCUGGCCGAUUUUGGUCUCGCUCGCUCUUUCGCAGACCCCGGCGCCAACAUGACCUCAAAUGUCAUCACCCGUUUCUACCGCCCUCCGGAACUGCUGUACGGGUGCAAGCACUACGCCGGCAACGUCGACAUGUGGUCCGUAGGCUGCGUCAUAGCGGAGCUCGCACUGCGCCAGUUCUUCUUGCCCAGCGAGACAGACUUACAGCAACUCGCCGUCAUAGUCGACGUCUUUGGCACACCCACCGAAGAGUCCUGGCCCGGCGUGAACACUUUGCGAUACUAUCAGCCGCCUCCCACACGCAGCGCAAUCAAGCUCCCACAGCCACUGAUGUGGUGGAGAGGUCGCCUGCCGCUGCUAGGUGACGACGGGAUCGAUUUGGUGCGCGGUAUGUUGGCCAUGGAUCCGCAGAAACGAUUGACAGCCGAACAAGCACUCAAGCAUCGAUACUGGACUUCUGCACCGCGACCCACGAAGAAGGAGAACCUCCCCAACGAGGGCGGGGGUAUCAAGAAGGAAGGCGAGGAUUUGAAGAGAAAGGGCGGCGAGACACCAGCAGGCGCCGGACGCGUGGAUAAGGUCGCGCGCAAGCUGGACUUUGGAGGCAUGUGA